GUUAUAAAAUAUAUAAUGUUAUUACCGUUAUCGUAAUAUUAUCGUAUUCGCGGGGCCCGUCCGAGUGUGCGUUGGCCGACCACGAAAUAACAUUAGACGUUGUAUACGCUUCGAAGUCGACGUCCGUCGUCGUGGUCGUGGUCGUAGCAGCCUCCGUCGCAGUCGUCGGUACAGUGCGAAUCACGCGCGCGCGCAAAGUCCGUCGUCGUAGGUGGAUGAGCCCGCACGGACGGCGCGUACUCCCGCCGCCGCCGCAUUGACAGACACACACACAGGAUACCGUGGUCAUGUUCUGUAGGUGGAUAUGCUGAAGGAUAUUCACAGUCCGGGAUUGGCAGCCGAUCCGGAGGACGGCAGCAAUGGAGCUUGUUGCGCCGGUUGCGGUAGAUCGAUAGACGACCGUUUCUACCUGUCCGCGGUGGACAUGUGUUGGCACAUAGGGUGUUUGCAAUGUGCCGAAUGUAAACUACCACUGGACACAGAACUAACGUGUUAUUCGAGGCACGGCAACAUAUAUUGCAAACAAGACUAUUACAGGCUGUUCUCGAUAAAACGCUGCGCCCGGUGUCAGGGCGGUAUCGGCGCUUGCGACCUGGUGAUGAGAGCCAAGGACCUCGUGUACCACGUGGAGUGUUUCGCGUGUUACGCUUGCGGCGCGGUCCUGUGCAAGGGCGACUAUUACGGAGUGCGGGACGGCGCCGUUUUCUGCCGACCGGACUACGAGCGGCUCAAGCACAGGGACAUGGCGUGCGAUCUGGAACCGAUGUGCAGCCCUCCACGGGCGGCCGGCCACCACUGGCCGUCGGCGCACAAGGGCCGGCCGCGGAAGAAGAGGAACGUCCAGAUGCUGUCGUCGCCCAUGACGACGGCCGAUUGCAACGGGCUCACCGAGCUCAACGUGCUCAGGAUACCGCAAUCGACAUUGGAAGUCAUGCAGGCCACAGACCUAUCUUCUUCGAUGGAAUCGCUGACUUACGAAACGUCCAGCUUGUCCUCGCCCACAAAUUCUUCGACGAUGGGCACGACCGGUGGCAUGUCGCAGCAGCAACAUCAGCAAACGCGGACGAAGCGCAUGCGAACGUCGUUCAAACACCACCAGCUGCGUACAAUGAAGUCGUACUUCAACAUCAACCAAAACCCAGACGCCAAGGACUUGAAACAGCUGGCUCAAAAGACUGGACUGUCCAAACGAGUGUUACAGGUUUGGUUUCAAAACGCUCGAGCAAAGUGGAGAAGAAACAUCAUGAGGCAAGAGAACAACCAAAUGGUGACCAGUUCCAUGUCGAACCAGAACCAGACUACGCCGUCCGACCCCGAUCUGAUCAGGGGACACACCCAGACCUCACAGGGUUUAAACUUUGUCGAUCUCUUUUGAUUUCUCACGUAAGUCGUAGCUAUGUUAAUUAUAGUAUCACCAACCUCAUCGUUACAAUACAUAGCUACUCUUCUAUAUCAUCGUCGGUGAGUUCAAGCAAUAUAUUAGGCGUAUUCGAAGUUAAACACAAUAUUGUG